GGUAUACCCUCGACCCUCGACAUGGUAUACCCUCGACCCUCGACAUGGUACCCUCGACGAAAAGGGAGACUCGUUACCAGGUAGUGUUGCGAGGGUUAGCUGAGUUGAUGAAGUCAAAUGGACUUUGACAGAGUCUUACACGAAGGAAAAACUCGAAAAGACGAAAAUAUAUUUAAGUAUGAAGCCGGUAGUAAACACGGAAUUAAAGCGUUGAUGGUAAUGGACGAUUUGAGGCGACGAGCGCAGCUAUGCGAUGUGAUAAUCUGUGUGGGGAAGAAAAGAAUACAAACACAUCGUCUAGUCCUAGCUUCAUUCAGUUCGUACUUCCAAGCUAUGUUUACUGGAGGACUCGCUGAAAGUUUUGAAGAUACUGUGACUCUUAAAGACAUUGACAGCGAUGCUGUUCAAAGUCUCGUCGACUUUGCUUACACAGGAAAGCUUGAUAUMACGACGGACAACGUCCAAGCAAUUAUGUACGCUUGYUCACUCUUCCAACUUUCAACACUGCAGCAAGCAUGUUCAGAUUUUCUGCGACGUCAACUUCAUCCCUCAAACUGCCUGGGAAUAAGAUCAUUUGCAGAUGCUCACUCAUGCUCAGGAUUGAGAGAAGCCUCUGAGAAAUUUAUCGAUGAACAYUUUAUUGAUGUUGUACAAAAUGAGGAAUUCUUAGUUCUUCCCAAGGAAGACUUAGCAGUCUUACUCUCCAGUGAACACUUAAAUGUAGAAUGUGAAGAGGAUGUUUAUAAUGCAUUAAUUUCUUGGGUUAAGCAAGAUGUGCAGAACAGAAARGAUUAUUUGUCAGAACUCCUUGUAAAAAUAAGACUUCCACUUCUUUCUCCUCACUUUCUUGUUGACCAAGUUGAAAAAGAAGACCUGAUUUAUCAAGACAUUAAGUGUAGGAAUUUAUUAGAUGAGGCAAAGAAUGUCCAUUUAUUGCCUCACAGAACAGAACCAGASAAAAAGAAUUUUUGUCCUCGGCAUUCUACAAUUGGGGUAGUGUACAGUAUAUGUGGUAUGGACUCGACUGGGCAUUCAGUUAAGAUUGUUGAGAGGUAUGACUUUCAUAGCAACAAGGUUAAACUCAUGAGUCCCACAAAUGUAUCUCGGAGUGGUGUUGGUAUUGGUGUUUUGGAUAAUAAAGUGUAUGCUGUAGGUGGUCAUGAUGGAAGUGCCUAUUUAAACAGUGUGGAAUGCUUUGAUCUUACUACCAAGCAAUGGAAGUUUGUUGCAGCAAUGAACAAUCCACGGAGGUACGUAGCUGUAGGUGUCUUAGGUGGUCUGCUGUAUGCAGUAGGAGGAUACGAUGGAAUCUCUGUGCUUGACUCUGUGGAGGUUUACGACCCUAAACUGGAUCAAUGGAAAUAUACUUCUUCUAUGAAAAACAGAAGAAGACAUGUAGCUGUGGGAGUCUUAAAUUCACAUGACUUAGGAAAAGCAUCUUGUGCAACUACAGCAGGUUACUURUUUGCUGUUGGUGGACAUGAUGGAGUCAAUUAUCUCAAAACAGUAGAACGYUAUGACCCAGAAUCAAAUGAAUGGACAUAUGUUGCUUCUAUGGGGGCACGUAGGGGAGGUGUGGGUGUGGCUACACUUCAUGGGCACCUGUAUGCCACUGGAGGGUAUGAUGGCACAUCUAACCUGAGUACUUCAGAGCGAUACUACCCAGACGAGGAUAGGUGGGCUUUUGUAGCACCAAUGAGUGUAUGUCGUAGUGGACAUGGAGUAAGUGUAGUGACUGGCCUGUUAUAUGCUCUUGGUGGUCAUGAUGGUGUGUCUUAUCGUAACACUGUGGAGUAUUUUGAUCCAAAGAUAGGUGAAUGGAAGGUUACAGGACCAAUGGGAAUGUGCAAGGCAGUGGCAGGCGUGGCUGUUGUUAAAGGAGUCUAAUUCAAUUUCUAGUCACAUCAUCAAAAACUGAAUUGCUUUUUUUCUCUUAAUACAUCAAAGAAACUUUUCAAUAAACCUAUAAAUAAGGACUAUUUKUAAGUGUACUUGAAUGUGAAUAAUUUAUAAUAAAUUGCUUUCAUUGGGGAAAUAUAAAA